CCGGCGGACGGCAGGCGGCUAGGCCGCGGCCGCGGAGAGCCGGAGCGGCGGCGGGCCGAGCUUCCAGCCCAGUGUGUGCGCUGCCGGCAGCCGCCGCAACACGUCCCCGGGGCGGGGAGCGCCGGCCGUCUCCCCACCCGCGGCCGGCCGGCCGGCGUGGAGCGGCCCCCCGGCCCCGCACCGUCUGUACCCCCAGUGUUUACAUCGGCGCUGGGUCCGGACGUUUCCGGCGGAAGCAGGGAAGCGCUGUCCCUGAGGCUAAUACCGCCUCAGACAGACCGGUGCGCCCAGGCGUCGCCCCUUUAACGUUUGCUUCUGCCUUUUGUACAUAAACCUGCUGCUGUGACGCCCGUUUUCUCACCCCAGAGACAUUCAUUAGGAAAUCGCAUGUGCUACAAGGCACAAUAUGGAUCCUCAAAAGCUUUCAAGUGGAAAUCCUAUGUAUGAAACAUACUACCGGCAGGUGGAUCCAGCUCAUACAGGAAAAGUUGGGCCCAAUGAGGCAGCGCUGUUUCUGAAGAAAUCAGGGCUCUCUGAUGUUAUCCUAGGAAAGAUUUGGGAUGUGGCAGAUCCUGAAGGCAAAGGCUACCUGGAUAAGCAGGGCUUUUAUGUGGCGUUACGUCUGGUUGCGUGUGCACAGAAUGGCCAUGAUGUUAGCCUGAGCAGUCUAAAUGUGACGCUACCACCACCCAAAUUUCAUGACAGCAGCAGUCCCUUAUUAAUAGCGCCCUCUCCCUCUUCAGAUGUGCACUGGGCUGUAAGGCCUGAAGAAAAAGCCAAAUUUGAUGGAAUUUUUGAAAGCUUGUCCCCACUCAAUGGCCUCCUAUCAGGUGACAAGGUCAAACCUGUGUUGAUAAAUUCAAACCUACCUCUUGAUGUCUUGGGAAGGGUUUGGGACCUUAGUGAUGUUGAUAAGGAUGGCCACCUGGACAGAGACGAGUUUGCUGUGGCGAUGCAUCUUGUUUACAGAGCUUUGGAGAAGGAGCCAGUUCCCCCUACUCUACCAUCUGCGCUUCUGCCACCAUCCAAGAGGAAAAAGCAAGGGCCAUCACUUGCUGGUUCUGUGCCAGUUUUACCUGCCAGUCCUCCCCCUAAAGAUAGUCUGCGAUCCACUCCAUCACAUGGCAGUAUUAACAGCUUAAAUAGUGCGGGAAGCAUUUCUCCAAAGCACAUCAAACAGCCAAUAAACUGGGUUGUGCCAACUAAUGACAAGAUGCGGUAUGAUGACAUCUUUCUCAAAAUAGACUUGGAUAUGGAUGGGUAUGUGAGUGGAUUGGAAGUAAAAGAUAUCUUCAUGCAAUCUGCACUUCAUCAAAAUAUCUUGGCUCACAUAUGGGCCCUAGCUGAUACGAAACAGAUGGGGAAACUGAACAGAGAACAGUUUGCUUUAGCAAUGUACCUUAUCCAGCAGAAGGUCAGCAAAGGGGUUGACCCUCCGCAGGUGCUGACCCCAGAUAUGAUUCCACCAUCAGAAAGGACUACGCCAGUAUCAGAUUGCACAAGUUCAGUUGGCUCAGGUGAUUUCACUGGCAUCAAAGAACUAGAUGCAAUUAGCAACGAAAUUAGUGAACUGCAAAGGGAGAAGUAUGUACUAGAACAGGACAUCCGAGAGAAAGAGGAGGCCAUCAGGCAGAAAACUAAUGAGGUACAGGAACUUCAAAAUGACCUGGACAGAGAAAAUAACAACCUUCAGGAACUGGAGUCUCAGAAGCAGGCUGCCCAGGACAGACUGGAUGAAAUGGACCAGCAGAAGGCCAAGCUUGAGGACAUGCUCAGUGAUAUCCGGCAGAAAUGUCAAGAGGAGAACCAGACGAUUUCAUCGUUGAAGAUUCAGAUUGCGAAUCAGGAAUCAGACAUGCAAUCCCAAGAAGAGGAGCUCAGUAAAGCCAAAACAGAAUUGAAUAAACUGCAGCAAGAAGAGUCGCAGUUAGAACAGAGCAUUGAAGCUGGCAAGGUCCAGCUUGAGACAAUCAUUAAAUCACUGAAAUCUACACAGGAUGAAAUUAAUCAGGCAAGAAGCAAACUUACCCAAUUACAAGACUCGCAGCAAGAAGUUAGUAAAAGCAUUGACCAAUACAGUAACGCACUGAAUGGCUCGUUAACCAGUCAUGGUGGCAGUAUGACCAACCUGGCAGACAUGAGUGAUGGCAUUGCAGAAAGAGACAGUGGCUUCACAACAAUGGAUGACCCCUUCAGGGGCAAAGCAUCACCAUUCAAUAAUAAUGUUCAAGAACUGCACACAGACCCAUUCCAGUCAGAAGAUCCAUUCAAGACAGAUCCAUUCAAAGGAGGUGAUCCCUUCAAAGACAGUGAUCCAUUCCAAAACGACCCUUUUGCCCAUCAGCAAGCAGCAGCUUCAACAGAUCCAUUUGGUGCUGAUCCAUUUAAAGAAAGUGAUCCGUUCCACAAUACAUCAUCUGAUGAGUUCUUCAAGAAGCCACCAAAGACUGAUCCUUUCACAUCAUCAUCAACCUCUGAUCCUUUCAGCAGGGAGCAUGCCAUGCCAUCUAAAGCCGACCCUUUUGGGAGUAGUGAUCCUUUUGCACUGGCAGCUUCCAAGGGCCCAGAUCCUUUUGGGACGUUGGAUCCUUUUGGAACCAGUGCCUUUGGGAGUGGAGGUUUUGCUGACUUCACCCAGAUGUCUAAGCCCUCAAAUUCAGAUCCUUUUGCUGCUUCCGGCUCGGGCCAGUUUGGUGGGCAAGGAUUCACUGAUGACCCUUUUCAAAAUAAACAGGAUACCCCAGCACUGCCUCCAAAGAAAAGUGUACCCCCACGGCCUAAAGCGCCGCCUAGUGGUAAAAGUACCCCUGUAAACAGGCCUGGCUCGGCCGACUCUGUCAAGUCCCACGAUCCUUUCCAGCCCUUUGGCGCUGAUGACGGUGACCAGUUUCAAAGUAAAAAGGGGCUCGGUGACCCAUUCAGCGGUAAAGAUCCCUUCACGCCUUCUUCCUCAAGUAAAACUUCUAAAGACUCUUCUUUGGGUUUUGCAGACUUCAGCUCUUUUGGUAAUGAAGAGGAGCAGCUGGAAUGGGCAAAAAGGGAGAGUGAAAGAGCAGAACGUGAGAGAUUAGAGCGGUUACACAGGCAAGAACAAGAAGACCUAGAGCUUGCCAUAGCACUCAGCAAAGCAGAAAUGUCAGAUGUGUAAAUAGUGCCAUGGCCCACUCAAUCAAAAGCAUGCGAGCUGUAAGAACAAAGGGCAGAGAAAUAGGAAGGGAAGAGGAAAUGAUUGGACACUGGGUGUUCUGAAUGUACUGGAGAGUAACUGGCUCAAAACCCCACUUCUUCUCUAAAUGGUACUGAAUCAAUUACAUGGACUCCAUUGGAGAUGCAGAAGGUGAUGAUGCACAAAGAAUGUACCGUGUAAUUAAAAAGGAGAGAGAAUCCUUUACCAUUCUCAGUGAAUCGGCAGUCCCAGCUCUUGUGUUCAUGCACAUGAAAGACUUGAAAGCUUUGAUGCUGAUGCUAACUAACUUUAUUUGCGAUAUUGAAGAGAAAAAAAGCCAAACCCCUCCCACACUCUCUCCCAAAGGAAAAUGAUAUAAUAUAUAUGUAUAAACUGCCUGGUUUGUUAGUCUCUUUGUGUUGCAAAAUGCCUAGUGGUAUUUUCACAGACUUUAAAUGUACAGUGUCCCAUUUCAUGUUUUAUAAUAACCCUCCCACACCUUUCCAUCAAACAUGCCUUAGUGUUACUGCGUGACUGCAGUAAACCCUGGGCAGGAAUCACCCUGUUCCAGUGCAGCUUAUUAAUCUGCAAAGACUUGUACAUUAUGUCAGUUAUAUUUGUCUGAUACACUGUUGUGUAAUUGAAAAACCUAUCCAAUUUAAUUCAUUGCACAUUUCUUUUCUUUAAUAUAAUAAAUGUGAGGAGACAUUCCUGUACAACUGGAUAAUUCA